GCGGGGCGGGCGGCGGCGGCGGCGGCGGCGGCGGCGGCGGCGGCGGCGGGGGCCGAGCCCGAGAAGAUGGCGGUGCGGAAGAAGGACGGCGGCCCCAACGUGAAGUACUACGAGGCCGCGGACACCGUGACCCAGUUCGACAACGUGCGGCUCUGGCUCGGCAAGAACUACAAGAAGGGUUCUCCUAGCUUUCCUUCAGCUCCCCGAUUUUUCCUGCCCAGCUUUGCAGCCUGUCAGUAUAUACAAGCUGAACCACCCACCAACAAGUCCUUGUCUAGCCUGGUUGUGCAGUUGCUACAAUUUCAGGAAGAAGUUUUUGGCAAACAUGUCAGCAAUGCACCGCUCACUAAACUGCCGAUCAAAUGUUUCCUAGAUUUCAAAGCAGGAGGUUCCCUAUGCCACAUACUUGCAGCUGCUUACAAGUUCAAGAGUGACCAGGGAUGGAGGCGUUAUGAUUUCCAGAAUCCAUCACGCAUGGACCGCAAUGUGGAAAUGUUCAUGACCAUUGAGAAGUCCUUGGUUCAGAAUAACUGCUUGUCUCGACCUAACAUUUUUCUGUGCCCAGAUAUUGAGCCCAAACUGCUAGGGAAAUUAAAGGACAUUGUCAAGAGACACCAGGGAACAGUCACUGAAGAUAAGAACAAUGCUUCCCAUGUUGUGUAUCCUGUCCCAGGAAACCUAGAAGAAGAGGAGUGGGUACGACCAGUCAUGAAGAGAGAUAAACAGGUUCUUCUGCACUGGGGCUACUAUCCUGACAGUUAUGACACGUGGAUUCCAGCCAGUGAAAUUGAAGCAUCUGUGGAAGAUGCUCCAACUCCAGAGAAACCUAGGAAGGUUCAUGCAAAGUGGAUCCUGGAUACAGACACCUUUAAUGAAUGGAUGAAUGAGGAAGACUAUGAAGUAAAUGAUGACAAAAACCCUGUCUCACGCCGAAAGAAGAUUUCGGCUAAGACACUGACAGAUGAGGUGAACAGUCCAGAUUCAGAUCGACGUGACAAGAAGGGGGGGAACUAUAAGAAAAGGAAGUGCUCCCCCUCUCCUUCACCGACCCCAGAAGCUAAGAAGAAAAAUGCUAAGAAAGGUCCCUCAACACCUUACACCAAGUCAAAACGUGGCCACAGAGAAGAAGAGCAAGAAGACUUGACAAAGGACAUGGAUGAGCCCUCUCCAGUCCCCAAUGUAGAAGAAGUGACGCUACCCAAAACAGUCAAUACUAAGAAGGACUCAGAGUCAGCCCCAGUCAAAGGAGGCACCAUGACAGACCUGGAUGAACAAGAAGAUGAAAGCAUGGAGACCACGGGCAAGGAUGAGGAUGAGAGCAGUACGGGGAACAAGGGGGAGCAGACCAAGAAUCCAGACCUGCAUGAGGACAAUGUAACUGAGCAGACCCACCACAUCAUCAUUCCCAGCUAUGCUGCCUGGUUUGACUACAACAGUGUUCAUGCUAUUGAGCGGAGGGCUCUACCUGAAUUCUUUAAUGGCAAGAACAAGUCCAAGACCCCAGAAAUCUACCUGGCUUAUCGAAACUUCAUGAUUGACACUUACCGACUGAAUCCCCAGGAGUAUCUUACAUCCACUGCCUGCCGACGCAACCUGGCAGGUGAUGUCUGUGCCAUCAUGAGGGUCCAUGCCUUCCUAGAACAGUGGGGUCUUAUUAACUACCAAGUGGAUGCUGAGAGUCGACCAACCCCGAUGGGCCCUCCACCCACCUCCCACUUCCAUGUGUUGGCUGACACACCAUCAGGGCUGGUACCCCUGCAACCGAAGACCCCACAGGGCCGCCAGGUUGAUGCUGAUACCAAGGCUGGGCGGAAGGGCAAAGAGCUCGAUGACCUGGUGCCAGAGACGGCUAAGGGCAAGCCAGAGCUGCAGACCUCUGCUUCCCAGCAAAUGCUCAACUUUCCCGACAAAGGCAAAGAGAAACCAACAGACAUGCAGAACUUUGGGCUACGCACAGACAUGUACACAAAGAAAAACGUCCCCUCCAAGAGCAAAGCUGCAGCCAGUGCCACUCGAGAGUGGACAGAACAGGAGACCCUGCUACUCCUGGAGGCCCUGGAAAUGUACAAGGAUGACUGGAACAAAGUAUCUGAGCAUGUGGGAAGCCGCACGCAGGACGAAUGCAUCUUGCAUUUUCUUCGCCUUCCCAUUGAAGACCCGUAUCUGGAGGACUCAGAGGCCUCUCUGGGCCCCUUGGCCUACCAGCCCAUCCCCUUCAGUCAGUCUGGCAACCCUGUUAUGAGCACUGUUGCCUUCCUAGCCUCUGUCGUCGAUCCCCGAGUCGCCUCUGCUGCUGCAAAGUCAGCCCUAGAGGAGUUCUCCAAAAUGAAGGAAGAGGUACCCACAGCCUUGGUGGAGGCCCAUGUUCGGAAAGUGGAAGAAGCAGCCAAAGUGACAGGCAAGGCAGACCCAGCCUUUGGUCUGGAAAGCAGUGGUAUUGCGGGAACCACCUCUGAUGAGCCUGAGCGCAUUGGCCCAGAGGAGAGCGGGACUGAUGAGGCACGGGCAGAGGGCCAGGCCGCAGAUGAGAAGAAGGAGCCCAAGGAACCCCGAGAAGGAGGAGGGGUUGUAGAGGAGGAAGCAAAGGAGAAAACCAGUGAGGCUCCCAAGAAGGAUGAAGAGAAAGGGAAAGAAGGUGACAGUGAGAAGGAGUCAGAGAAGAGUGAUGGGGACCCCAUCGUUGAUCCUGAGAAGGAGAAGGAGCCCAAAGAAGGGCAGGAGGAAAUGUUGAAGGAAGUUGUGGAGUCAGAGGGAGAAAGGAAGACAAAGGUGGAGCGGGAUAUUGGUGAGGGCAACCUCUCCACUGCCGCUGCCGCUGCCCUGGCUGCUGCUGCCGUGAAGGCCAAGCACUUGGCUGCUGUUGAAGAGAGGAAGAUCAAAUCUUUGGUGGCCCUGCUGGUGGAAACCCAGAUGAAAAAGCUGGAGAUCAAACUCCGGCACUUUGAGGAACUGGAGACCAUCAUGGACCGGGAGCGAGAAGCACUGGAAUAUCAGAGGCAACAGCUCUUGGCUGACCGGCAAGCCUUCCACAUGGAGCAGCUGAAGUAUGCUGAGAUGAGGGCCCGGCAGCAGCACUUCCAACAGAUGCACCAACAGCAACAGCAGCCACCGCCAACCCUGCCCCCAGGCUCCCAGCCCAUACCCCCUACAGGGGCUUCUGGGCCACCCACAGUCCAUGGCCUGGCUGUGGCUCCAGCCUCUGUGGCCUCUGCUCCUGCCGGCAGUGGAGCCCCUCCUGGAAGCUUGUGCCCUUCAGAACAGAUUGGGCAGGCAGGGCCAACUGCAGGGCCACAGCAGCCACAACCAGCUGGAGCCCUCCAGCCUGGGGGAGUCCCUCCAGGGAUCCCCCCCCCUGGACCCCAUGGCCCCUCACCGUUCCCCAGCCAACAAACUCCUCCCUCAAUGAUGCCAGGGGCAGUGCCAGGCAGCGGGCACCCAGGCGUGGCGGGUAAUGCUCCUUUGGGUUUGCCUUUUGGCAUGCCGCCUCCUCCUCCUCCUGCUCCAUCCAUCAUCCCAUUUGGUAGUCUAGCUGACUCCAUCAGUAUUAACCUCCCCCCUCCUCCUAACCUGCAUGGGCAUCACCACCAUCUCCCAUUCGCCCCGGGCACUCUCCCCCCACCUAACCUGCCUGUGUCCAUGGCGAACCCUCUACAUCCUAACCUGCCGACGACCACCACCAUGCCAUCUUCCUUGCCUCUCGGGCCGGGGCUCGGAUCCGCCGCAGCCCAGAGCCCUGCCAUUGUGGCAGCUGUUCAGGGCAACCUCCUGCCCAGUGCCAGCCCACUGCCAGACCCAGGCACACCCCUGCCUCCAGACCCCACAGCCCCGAGCCCAGGCACAGUCACCCCUGUGCCACCUCCACAGUGAGGAGCCGGCCAGACACCUUUCCCCUCACCCCCCAUGGAGAUCUCGGUUCCAGAAACAGCCCUCCCCACCACUGGGACCCUUCCCCAGCUGGAGAAUUCAUCACUACGUAAGGAAAGCUCCUUCUGCCCUUCCACAGCCCCCACAUGCCAGCAGAGGCAUGUAUUUUUAUAUCGGAUUCUCAAGGACUUCUGUUUAAAAGAUGUUUCUAACGUCUGGGAGAAAGGAUAGGAUGGGACGGGUGCCCUCGAAGGGCUGGGAAAAGGUGUUUAUAUAACGUUCUACUUAACCACUUCCAAGGGUGCACUCCCCUCAGAACUACUGGAUUUUUUUAUAGAUUAAAAAAGUUUAAGCCCUUUGAAA